AUGACUAAGAAGAGGGGAAAGAAAGGUUUUGCCGCCUUAGUGGCUACCUCCUGGUAUGGCAGCAUUAUCACACAGGACUUUUUCAACCCCUACACACCCGUCAACUCCAGGUAUGAAUUCGGACAGGCACUUUUCAUUGGCUGGGCAGCCUCCUCCCUGAGCAUCUUGGGCGGGGCCUUCCUUUGCUGCGAUUGCCCCCGGAAAGAGACCUCCUACCCCCCGACUCGGGGGUACCCCACGGUUGCCCCCUCCACCGGAAAGGACUACGUAUAAUACGACGGGAAAGGAUGACACGAGAUGUUGGCAUCGGACGACUCCAAGGGACAUCGCUUUACUCCUGUGCUGUGCUGAACAGAGCAAUCCUGCUUUGGCACACCGCCUUCGCCCGCCCACCCCACCCCCCAUAAGUGAACUGUGCCUCUUUGUACCCCUGCACCCACUUCUGUUCCUGCCCGGGUCCUGCUCUCGUCCCCGGUGGGAAAACUGAGGAAAGGAUUCACCCAGAAAUCAAGAAUGCAGACGUAGGGAACGCCACCCCCUCCUCUUGGGGAGAGGACCGACAAGGCAGCCAUUCCCUUUUUCGGACCCUUCUUCGCUCUCUUAAGGACGGACAAUCUUCCUCUCUCUCUUUGAAACCCUGCCAUAGAUUUCUCUCAAAGGGCCAGGGGAAAGGGGAGGGGGCUCAAAGCAGGCGGAGGGCCCAGUCUGGCAGAGGAAGGCCCGCCGGAAGAACCUACAAGUAGUCCUCGACUUACGGCCACCCUUGAGCCCCAAAAUGCCUCUUGCUCACGUCAGUGGUUAAGUGAGGUUUGCCCCGUUUUGCGACCUUUUUGGCCACCGUCGUUAAGCGAAUCGCCACGUCAAUUAAGUGACUCACACACUUAGUUGUGACGUGAAUCAGACUUUGCUUGUCAGAAGGUCACAAACUGCUGUAAAUGCAACUCCCUCGCAAAGCACCCGGAUUUUAAUCACAUAAACACGGGGGAAUGCUGCAACGGUCUUAAACCCGGCCAUAAUAAGUAGCUUUUUUUCAAUGCCGCCCUAACUCGGGACGGCCACUAAACGAACCGUCGUAAGCCGAGGAC